GUUCUCCGAAUUUCAUUUAACAAAGUGGUGCGCGCAGACGGGGCGCUGGACUUGAGGCAAACAACACAUACCUAGUAACCGAUUGUGAUAGCUGUUAAAAAUAGAAUUCCGGACGUAGUCUGAAUUCGACCCGAGCAAAAUUGUUAACGUUAAUAUUAAAGGCAGAAAAGUAAAUUCCGUUACAAAAAGUAUUCUUUGGCUCUGCUCUCUCCCCGUCCAUUCGUUGUUGAGUGUGUGUGCGUGCGUGUCAAUUUUACAGUGCUAAAGCUCCAACAGGCGCACACGGGGCAUACACGUACACAUUCACUCACCAGAAUCGCACACCAGCGCAAAACCUCCGAUUACUUGCGAGGACACGCGGAAGCGGCAAAAAUCCAGGGCCAAACUUAUUUCCGUUCAGUGAAAGUCAAUUUAUUGUAUGAGUCAAAAAACUGAAAGACCAGUGCUAUCGGGUCAACGCAUCAAGACCAGAAAAAGAGAUGAAAGAGAAAAAUAUGACCCAACGGGAUUCCGUGAUGCGGUCAUUGCUGGUCUCGAAAAAACUGAAGGCGACCUGGAACAAAUCUCUAAAUAUCUAGACAGUGCGGGCAACAAGCUCGACUACCGUCGUUACGGUGAAGUUCUCUUUGAUAUAUUGAUUGCAGGAGGUCUACUAGUGCCUGGCGGAUCUAUAUCUCAGGAUGGCGAAAAGCCGCGCACCAACUACUGCAUCUUCGAUGCUCCCGAGAACAUGGAGGCCAUGCGCAACCAUGAGCAGGUAUUUGUUAAGCUCAUCAGACGGUACAAGUAUCUUGAGAAAAUGUUCGAAGAGGAGAUGGGGAAAGUUCUAUUAUUCGUAAAAGGCUUUACUCCAAGUGAACGUAUCAAGCUUGCGCGUAUGACUGCGCUCUGGUUAGUUAACGGCUCUGUACCACCAAAUGUCUUACUGGUACUAAAUAACGAGCACUUGAUCAAGGAUGGCAUUGCACUGGAGUUUCUACUAGAGCUGUUCCAGACGUUCAAGCAAGAGAAGGGCAUUGCAUAUCUGAUUCAGGCGCUUAAAAAGGGUGGACUGGAAAGCAAACUUAUGGACUUUUUCCCACCAAACAAACGUACUGAGGAAUAUUUUAAACAAGUUUUUCUUGACAAAGAACUCAACGAGAUCAUUAAGCUGCAUAAGGCUCAAGCUAGCCAGGAGGCGAAGCGUGAGUUGCAGCAGGCGCUCAUCGAUGAUAUCAAUGAUGAGAAGCCACAUAGUGAGAUAACCUCAGACAUUAAGGAGUUCUCGCAACGCACGAACAUUCCCGAUCAUGAAAUAAUCGUCAUUAUUUGGUCCACCAUCAUGUCAUUGGGCGAAUGGAACAAGAAGGAAGAGCUGGUUACCGAUCAGGCUGUUCGUCAUCUAAAGACCUACUGUACACUGUUGCAGGCUUUUGCCUCGACAGACCGCUCGGAGUUGGCUCUGAUCCUUAAGGUGCAGGAGUUCUGCUACGAGAACAUGAAUUUUAUGAAGGCGUUCCAGAAGAUCAUUUUGUUGUUCUACAAGACCGAGGUUCUGUCUGAGGAGAUCAUCUUGCGCUGGUACAAGGAUGGGCACUCAAACAAGGGAAAGAUGCAUUUCCUCGAACAAAUGCGCAAGUUUGUCGAAUGGCUCCAAUCAGCCGAAGAAGAAUCUGAGUCUGAGGACGAGCAAAAAAAUGGGGAGUAACGCUUUGGUUAAUGGCUAAAAAGGAACAACAAAAACGGAGCCGCCCUUCCUUUAUGAUCCUUAUCUGAUAAUGCGGAUCGAUCAUCUGCAACAGCCAGUCGAACUAUACUAUACAAUCCACCCCUAUGAAUAACGUCAUUUUGAGAAACUCCACCUAUAUAACACUCAAAAAAUUCCAACAAUAAAGGAGAGAGUAAAGCAAACCGUCAGCUAAAAAUUAAAAGUUUGUAGUCAGUCCACUGUCCAAUAUCCUAGUUUUCCAUUCAGAUUCAAUCACCGUUUAAAGGCAAUAUACUCAAGAUGAUGACAAAGAAACAAACAAUUGAUGAAAAUGUGUUAAUAAAAGUUUAGUGUUUUGCAACUACCAAAAAAAAAAGAAAA